AGCCCAUGCGAUGAUCUCCGUUGUAAAAAUGGCGCCAAAUGUCUGACCCUUUACAAUUGGAGUGGUUACUAUUGCAAAAGGCGUGGCAGAAUUAUUGAAGAAGGUAAGAUAGACCACUUAAAUGUCAAUUUGGGUAAGUCAGUAUUUAAUGGCAUACAUUCUGAAGUAAGCACUUUUCUUGUUUCUCUUCUUUUCUGGCUUCAGCUGUUCCUUGGUUAAAGGUCAGUGAUGAAAGGAUCUGUUUCGGAGCCAAAGACGACUCUUACGGGAUGUUCACAAUACCCUGGGAUGGAGCUGUCAUAUCCAUAAAACUCGUUUACAUCUCCGGUUAUGUUACUUGUCAAAAAAAUAGAGCCCCGUUUGGAAGCCACUGGGGGUGCGAUGAUCCAUUCACUUUGCUAACAUACAUUACAAACAAUCGUAACGAAGUAAUCUUCCCCGACAGAGAUGGUGCGGCGUAUACUUUACCAGAUUACCACGCUAAUUCCCCUGAACUAGUGUUUCGCACUCUCCGUGAACCUGAGAAAGUGCACGCUGGUGUGGAGUUCCGAAUCUGGUACAGACAGGAUCGACUCGAUUCUUCCGAAGACAAUAACGCCGGGCAAACUUGCGCUGAGGUGUAUGUAUUGAUGUCCUAA